UUUGGCAAACUGCGUGAAAUUGUUGUUGCAGCAAACUCGGAGAGAGAGAGUUUGGUGACUCUCACAGCAAACUAAAUUUGUUGGGCCAAACAGAUGAAAAAUAAGUGUUGCCAUACACAAAAAUUUGCUGGAAAAUACAGUAUUGCCAUACCGAUAUGGUAGAUGUUGCAGUUUACAUGUUUAUUCCAGAAGAAAACGCGCUGAGUAUAUGUACUGCUAACGCAAAAUUUUCGAUAUAAAGAUAUUUAAUAUCCGCGCGAAUAUAAAAGUUAUUAAAAAAUGUCUAUCUCCUGGAGCCGAGCGUUAACGGAAGAAUUAAUAAAUCUUCUCCAGGCCCGAGAGUCUUUGGAACACAAAGCAUUGCCAUUAUAGUGACAGGGAUAAGCGAAAUGCGGCAAUAAAUGGAAUUCACGACGUUUUGGUGACGAAAGAUCCCCUUGUGACCCCAAAAAACAUUAGGGAAAAAAUUCAAGGACUGCGCUCACAAUUUCGGAGAGAAGUGAGGGCAAUUGAAGCCAGUAAACGGAGUGGAUGCGGCGCAGCAGAUGUGAAAACACCCAAAAUGUGGUGUUACGAGCUGCUCCAGUUUCUACGUCCAAACGUAGAAAUAAGGGAGAUGCAGGAUAGAUUAAAUGAUGAAAACAGGCCACAAACGAGAUACGAUACAGACAAUAAUAUAAACACUGAUAACGCCUCGUUGAGGGACGAACCGUCGGUUUCAUCAUCUUGCAGAAAACGAAAUAAGGCUCAUUUUCAACAAAAGGUACAACAGGGAUUAAAAGAGUUGACAAAUAUAAUGGUGACAAACACAAAAAGGAAAUAUGAGUGGUUUGGCGAGGAGGUGGUCAGCAUACUGGAUGGUAUGAAAAGUGAGGACGCUGCUCUGGAAACCAUUGACGCCAUCCAUUCCCUGCUAUCUUCCGCCAGAAAAAAAGACAAGGAAGUAACAAACUCCGCGACAACUCGGGAUAUUUUAAGUUUAGCUUUAGAUGGUGUUUUAGAUGAUAGCGAUUUGAAAUAGAUUUUAAGUUAAUGUAAGUUUUUAAUGAAUUUUACGGUUGUGGUAGGUGAUAAGUUUUAAUGAAUUUUUUUAUUUUUACUUAAUAUCGUCACCUCACGGGAAGAGGGACCUAUGUCGGCAGCCAAUUCGAAAACGGCCUAUCUCAGAAAUUAUUCAAGAACGCCCCACUUCAGAAUUUGACUGAAGAACGCCCUAUUUCAGAAUUUUAUUGAAAAACACCCUAUCUCAGAAUUCGGCUCAAAAACGCCCUAUCUCAG